AUGGCAGAUGAUGCAGAUGAGGAAACGCGCAAGCGCCUGAAAGCUGCCCUCUGGUACGCCGUGGGCAAGAUUGCCGACGAGGAAUCGUUGAGAAGAGAGCGCAAUGUCACACCUCAGUUUAUAGGUGCCUUGAUGGAGAUGGUCUGGCUACAGAUUGAGAGCGUUGCAAUCGACCUGGAAAGCUUCAGUCGCCAUGCUGGAAGAUCAACCAUUACCACUGAUGAUGUUCUGCUACUGGCUAGGCGGAAUGCAGAUUUGCAUGGCAUCAUCAAGGACUUUGUCGACAAGAAGAAGGCUACAAAAGCCAAGGGCAAAUCCAAGAGAUGA